AUGGCUUUCUCUCUCUCUGGACAUCGCAGCAGAAAAGGGAAGAGCCCUGGCUACAACACCCUUGUAAGAGCUCGGUACGGCGGGUGGCUGCUCUACACGGCCGCCUCCGCCGGCGAUUUGAAAUUCGUCGACGAAUUGCUGGACAGAGAACCGUUUCUAGUGUUCGGCGAGGGAGAGUACGGCGUCACGGACAUGUUCUACGCCGCCGCGAGGGGCGGGAACUCCGAGGUUUUCAGGGUUUUGCUCCGGUGCUCUGUUUCGCCGACGGGGGAGCUUUUCCGGCGACGGUUUCCAUGGCUUUCUCUCUCUUUGGACAUCGCAGCAGAAAAGGGAAGAGGAGGAGACGGUUGCAGAAGGGAGAAAAAUCAAUAA